UCCUCCGGGCUGUCCCGGCUCGUAGAGGAUCUCGGGCCAUGGCGGCGUCCGUGGACCCGCGGCGGUUGUACCGGCUGGUGCACGAAGGCCAGCUGUGCGCCCUGCGGGAGGAGCUGCGGGCAGCAGGCCGCGCCGACUGCGCGGGGCCGGCUGGGGACACCCUCCUGCACUGCGCCGCGCGCCACGGCCACCUGGACGUCCUGACCUAUCUGGUCGAGGCUUGGGACAUGGACAUCGAAGCCACCAACCGAGACUACAAGCGGCCGCUGCACGAAGCGGCCUCCAUGGGCCACCGGGACUGCGUGCGAUACCUGCUGGCCCGGGGAGCAGCGGUCGACUGCCUGAAGAAGGCCGACUGGACUCCUCUGAUGAUGGCUUGCACCAGAAGGAACCUCGAGGUGGUCCAGGACCUCGUGGAGCAUGGCGCCAAUCCGCUCCUGAAGAACAAAGACGGCUGGAACAGUUUCCACAUCGCCAGCCGGGAGGGCGACCCUCGGAUCCUCCAGUACCUGCUCACCGUUUGCCCGGCUGCCUGGAAGACAGAGAGCAAGGUCGGGAGAACCCCGCUGCACACGGCAGCAAUGCACGGCUGUUUAGAGGCAGUAAAGUUGCUUCUUCAGAGGUGCCAGUACGAAGCGGACUGCAGAGACAAGUGUGGCCUCACACCCUUCAUGGACGCGAUUCAGUGUGGCCACCUCGGCGUGGCCAGGCUGCUCCUCGAAAAACACAAGGCUCAAGUUUCCUCGGAGGACUCCCUGGGGGCCCAGGCUCUGCACCGGGCAGCGGUCACUGGGCAGGAUGAAGCCAUCCGAUUCUUGGUCUCUGAGCUUGGUGUUGACGUAGAUGUGAGGGCGACCUCCGCCUGCUCGUCAGCUCUUCACUACGCAGCCAAGGAAGGACACGUGAGCACCGUGCAGACGCUCUUAUCCUUGGGUGCUGACCUCAACGCCAAGGAUGCACGAGAUAGAUCAGGUAUGGCCUCAGUGGGUACCUGCCUUGGAAAUUAUUAGUGAAUUAAAUGUAAACGGUGUAACAGUGGACUUACGAUAUUAAAAACAUUUGUGUUAAUAUUA